UGCGACUUUUUUCUGAACCGGAGCUUAGUCGCUUUGUUUACUUCCUUUAAACAGAUAACAUUUAAACUGGAGCCUGUCUUCGUUUCAGUUUUGGGACUCCGAUUGUAAAAACGUGUAGCUCAUGGACGUGGUGUCUUAACGACAUUAACUGAUAACAUUUAGUAUUCCGGAGGAUAAAACGCUCCAACAUGUCAGCAGAGCGGCAUAUGUCCCCUUCCUUUACGGUCCCUCCUGAGGCGGUGGAGGGUUUCGGGGGUAUGGAGUCGGAUUGCAGCCCGAUGUCGGAGAUGGAAACCCUGCGGGUGUUCGUUAACGAGCGGUUGACGGCGGCGGUGGAAGACAUCCUGGGAGUAUUUGGGGAAACGGUGGCCCGGUACUGGGAACAGAUAGACCGACAGCAGAGACAGCUGGACAGCCUGAAGUCUGAGGAGGGGAAGUGGAGACAGACAGCGGACCGUCUGCAGGCUUCCUCCUGGAUCAAACCCUGCCCGGAUGAUCAGGUCCUCAGUGUCCAACUGCAACAGACUGACCGUGUGGAUGACACGGACAGCACUGCCUCGGCUGCUCACAUUAAAACUGAAGUUGGUGGUGAGUGUGGAGUGUCUGAACCAAAUGGUGACUUUGAUCCAGCUGGUGGUUCAAAGGCUGUGAGUGAUGGCGGAUUCCUCGCCGAGUCCUCUGAGACAGAAGACAGCGGAGACCACUGGAGCAAGGCUGUAGGACUCUGGAGAUCGGAGGAGAUGGCAGCAGCAGAGGGACAAAGUUCAUCUGACAGAAGGAAGGUGAGGAGCUCCUCUGAUGCGUCACCUCAGCCUGCGCCGGCGUUCGGCUGUAAAGUUUGUGGUGAGUCCUUCCAGAGUAUCAGUUAUCUGCUCACUCAUGCUGCAGCACAUUUGAGAGACUGCAGCCUGUGCGGGAAGCGUCUGGAGCACACUGAGAACCUAAAGCUUCACCUCAGAGUCCACAGAGAGACGUCAUUCCGCUGCGGCAUCUGCGGUCAGAGCUUUACCCUGCGGGGUAACCUGAGAACUCAUAUGAGGAUCCACUCGGGUGAGCGGCCAUACGGAUGCACUGUCUGUGGCAAGAGCUUUGGCAGGAGGGCAACACUGGUGCGGCACGUCCGCAGCCACACAGGUGAGAAGCCGUUCACCUGCACAUUCUGCGGCCACAGCUUCGUGGAGAAGGGCAACCUGACGGUGCAUCUGCGGACGCACACUGGCGAGAGGCCAUACUGGUGUUCCAUUUGCGACAGACGCUUCAGCCAGCUGUCCUGCUUCUACAAACACCCAUGUCAGAGGAGAGGCCUGACCACAGUGCCCGUCAAUUCCACCUGACUGCCUGAAGACAAGGACAGAGAUUCUGAAGCAUUUCAACUCUUAGUUCCUUCUUGAGCUGUGGCAAUGACUUGGGUUUUUCAUGUUUCAGAGCUGCUCAGGGUCUUUUCUGUAUAAUGGAAAAGACCUUUUCGACUGCAGGGUCAAAGCACAACCUUUACCCUAACAUAUAUCAGUUGCCAUGGGCUCUGCUUUUGUCCCAAGUGGCAACCUCUGAGGCUGAAAAAUGAAGCCAACGCGGAAGUGCCAAAAACUGCAGUUCCUUUCAUGGCCACUUGAGGCUGGCUCCAGAAGCCAGUGCUAAAAUGGCCAACUCAACAGCAGAAAUAAACAUGUUUACAGCCUGGUACAAAAACAGUCUUGGUCACUUUAGCUAAUUUAAACAUUCAUGACAACUGUGCAGGAGCUGAAUUUAUAUAUAACUGACACAUUUAAAUGUUAUGAAGGCUUAAAAUUAUGCAUUAUUAAGGGCGUGGCAACUUUGAAUGACAGGCUGUGAAGCGUUGUUGCAUUGUAUGAGUCAGAUCCACCCCUCGCUCCUUCACAGCUCACCCUCUCAUUAUGUCCUGCUCCAAAAAUCCAAGAUGGUGACGGCCAAACUUCCAAACUUGAUAUUUCAAAACAGUUUGAAUCCAAAUUCAAUUCAAUUCAGUUUUAUUUAUAAAGCCCAAUAUCACAAAUCCCAAUUUGCCUCAGAGGGCUUUAAAGCAUACGGCAUCCCUCUGUCCUUUGGUCCUUCACAGCGAAUAAGUAAAAGCUCAAAAAAAUAAAAUUAAAAAAAUAAAAACCUUUAACGGGGAAAAAAAUGGUAGAAACCUCAGGAGGAGCAACUGAGGAGGGAUCCCUCUUACAGGAUGGACGGACGUGCAGACAAAUGUCAUGUGUACAGAACAGAUCAACAUAAUAAAUUUGCAGUAAUCCAUAUCACAAAAUGAUACAUAAAGAGAGACAGAGAGAGAAAUUGAGUCAGAGAGAGAUGCAGGGCAGACAGUAAUGACUAAUAUAGUAAUAUAGUAUAUUUAUAAUAACCUCCUGAGACCCGGAAGAAAAAAGGUUUUGAUAUUUAGAUUUUUCUUAGAUAGUUUAAGUAUUGUAGUUGAAAGAAACAUGUUACAGCAAAAAAAAACAAACAUGAAUGUUAUUUAUUUAUUUUUUAUCAAAUGUCCCUUACAGUGAACAUCGGGUCUUGCUUGGUGUAAAAUUUUGUUUUUUUCUAACAGAUAAAUUACAUUUCUUUUCAUUUCCUGUACACUUAAAACAGAUUAAUCCAAUUUCUUUUCAUUUCAUGAGCAUUUAAAAUAGUUAAAUGCAUCCAAUAAAAAAUGUUUAAAAAAAACAGUUAGAUGAAGGAAACACAUCUUAACACUAAAACAUCAUUUUAAGAAGUUACAUCUCAUUGUGGAGCUUUUUAAGUAAACUGCAUUCUGCACACUUGAUAGUCACCUAAAGCUGGGUUUAGGUCACAUCACACACAGCACUAACAACA